AUGACAGAGAGAAAAGCAAGAUAUGAGAAGAACCCAAUAACGGGGAAUGAAACAGCGAAAAUUACGUGGAAUAUACUUAAUGCACUGAAUCAGAAAGAUAAUUUGAUCCAAAGUAUCUUUCGUGCUGAAAAUAUCAGAUUUGAUGUCAACUUCACGGUCGAAAAUUCCAAUACUCCAUUCAAGAUUCUUAUUACAAUUCUUGAUCUAAACGAAGUGAAGACUGUACAUUAUAAUGUUUUUGUUCAUUAUUGCGUAAAAAAAGCAAUUAAACAAGAAGGAAAGAUUGACUUAUCUCCAACAUCGAAUACAUUUACUGUAUCAUUUAACAUCAAGAAAAGUGAUUUACACGAUCCAAGCAAAGGUUUUAUCGUUGAUAAUAUAUUAAAAGUCUCGUUUUCUUUGGAGUUUUCCAAAACUAUACCAACCCCUGUUAGCCAAUCGCAGCCGAACUUACUCUAUUUCGCAGACGAAAAAAAUCGCCUCAGAGAACAGAAAAAGGUUACUGGCUUUGUUGGAUUCAAAAGCGCUUUCUUACUCUGUUACGUAAAUACAGAUCUCCAAUUUCUAUUUCAUCUCAGCAAAUUCAAAAAACUUCUCUUUGAUAUUCCUCCGACCAAAAAUCCUCCAAGUGGCGUAAUUUUCACUACUCAACGUCUAUUCUACAAACUGAUGUAUAAGAGCACGGCUUGCUCUACAACAGAACUCCUAACUUUGCCUGAAUUCAAAACUUAUAAAGAUUAUCAGAGCCAACAGAACGAUGCACAGGAAUUCCUUGCAGAUUAUAUUAAUUUAAUUGAAAACGAAGUUAAAGAUACGCAAUUUAAAGGACAAUUUAAUUCAUUAUUCGAAGGAAAAAUCAAAAAAACUAUUACAUGCCCCGAAAUCAACUACCAAACAGAAAGAGAAGAGAUUCUUAGCGAACUUUUACUCCCUGUUGAAGGAUUUGCUGAUAUUUACGAUUCUCUCAACCAAUUUUCAGACAAAAACACAAUUCCCGACUACGUGCCAUCAGUUGAAGGUGCAAAGCCUCAAAAAGCAAUCAUAAAACAUGUCAUCUCCAAACUUCCCGACAUAAUUUUAGUUCAUCUUGCAAGAACUACAUAUGAUCGGACAACAUUUCAACAGAAAAAGAUUACUUCGAAGUACGAAUUCUACCAGGACCUCGAUAUGUCACAAUAUACAACAGAAACGAAAGAUACAGAAUAUGAGGCCUUUGCAGUUGUCGUACAUAGAGGCACGAAGAUGGACGAUGGCCACUACUACGUGUUUGUAAGGUCCCCUGGUCAUUACGAUUGGGUAAAGUUCGAUGAUUACAAUGUCUCGAUUUCUAACAAGCAAGAAGCCAUAGAUGGCAACUACGGUAACAUAAAUUAUUGCGCUUAUUUAGUUCUUUACGCCAGGAAGUCAAAAAUCAGCGAACUUUUCUUUGAUUACAAUAUCGCCGACAUCCCGAAGGAUUUACUGACCAUCAUGAACGAAAUGAAGGAAAAGGAGCACUUAGAAAAAAUGUCCAAGACCCUGAAUUGCAAGAUUAUCACUCCCGACUCGAUUUCCAGAUCAAUUUCGGAAACAGGAAAUAUCAUCACAAAAUACGAAGAAGACUUUGAUGUCAAAAUCUCAACAAAUCAGAAGGAAUUCAUUCAGAUUAUCACAGAAAAACAAAAGUGUCCGAACAAUUCUAUCGUUUUCAAUUGUUCCGACAGAGGAAUUCCACAGACAAUCAUCAGACCAGACCCGUACAUCAAGAUCAGCGAUCGCGAUCACAACUUCCGCGUAUUCAUAAGCGAUAUCGAUCAGUUUGAAACAGGAAUUAGCAUUAUCCCCGUAAUUAUCAAAGUUUUCUUCAAGAACCAGCUACCCCCGCUACAGUAUUUGACACUCAUACCGUAUAAUUGCGAUGAAUCAAAGACUGUUGCGCAUAAUUUCAAACAAAUUUUGAAAAUUUUGAAUUUGCCUGAGGAUUGUGAGUACAAAGUUUACAAGGAGAACAACAAUACGACUGUUGAAGAGAUUGACAAGCUGAAUAACUUGAAAGUAGCAACCGCUGGCUCAUGUGAAAAUGUUUUGAUCUUUGAACCAUCGAAACCACUUGAACCCUUCGGAAAAUACAUUGAUUUAUGUCAGAAACAACUUGUUCCGAAGAAAUGCUCGCCGAACGCAAUCAAGGUCACAUCCGAAAUCGAUACAUCAUCCGUUGAAAAAUUCUUUACAACUUACGUCACUCUGUCAGAUUUAACCGUCAGUGACAUGUUCGGUGUCACCAAAAAUCUUUUCAUUCCUCUUCAGUAUACAGUUGAAGAAACGAAGCAGAUCCUUGCCAAACUGUAUGAAUACAACUACAAUCCACUGGAGAAUAGCAUUGCAAUCUACAAUGCAAGCACAAACACUCCUAUCGACAUAAAGACACAGAAUUCAACAGUUGUCAUGAGAUUGGCAACACUUGUUCGAUUCAUUUCAUCGAACAGAAUCAAUAUAGAGUUUAUCAAUACAAUUAAUGAGAAUAAUUUGGAAAAUUCCAUCAAAGUAACGCUAUAUUGCUUUAAUGGAGAGAUGUGCCUCAGAAGUCUUUGCUUACCUAUCUCGGUAGCUACAGAUGUCGUCAAUCUUUUCCAAAGAAUCUACAAUUUGAAGAUUUAUAAUGAAAACCAACUUUUGGUUGCAUACAGAGUCAUUAACAGCAAGACAACAGAACUAAUGAAGCUAAAUGAGUACAUAUUACAUAACGGAUUGGUAAUUAAACUAGACGUUAUCAAUCAAACCCAAAUUAAAGAGAAUCAGAAGGUUGUUUCGAUCAGAUUCGGUAGAAAGGACAAAAGAGAGAGUGGAGAAGAGAACUUCCUUUGUCCGUUCAACUUCAUUUUGAACAAAGACGAAAAAUACGAAACAACUUGCUUGAGAAUCUUCUAUUCUAUAAAGGUUUUGAUACCUCCGAGGUCGGAUAUGCUGAUAUAUAUAGAAGGACCUGAUAUCAGCACGAAGAAGAAGCUUGUAGAUAGAAAAGAUAUAAUUUUGUAUGAUUUGAUACAAGAACAACAGAAUUUGUAUGUUGUUUUCCAGAAUUCUAGUUUAGUUGAUGCAAACUAUCCUUUGCAGACCUCUGUAAGUAUGUCUGUUCUUUAA